GAGCGCAGGGGAAGAGGGAGGCGAAGGGAAAAGUUGCCAGUGGCCGGAGCGGGCGCCCGGCGGCCCAGCCAGACAAAGGGCCGGACCCUGUGCGCGGGCCGGGAUCCCGGGAGCAGGACGGGCUGGGACUGCGGACCCGGCUGCGCCCCGAGGCGGAACAUGGGUCCCCGGCAGCGGCUCCCCGGGGCGCACCGCUCGCUGCUGCUGCUGGCUGCGCUCCUGCGGGUCUCCCAUGCUGCCCAGGGGCUGAACGAAGCCUCCUUCCCUGAGGAUACAGAGUCUGACCCAGCGGGCACACCCUGGUGGAGUGACGCCAAUCUCUCCGAUGACGAAGACAUGCUGGCAGAUGAGGCCUCUGGAGAUGGCAACGGCAGCGGGGAGAACGGCAGUGGGAUCACACUGCCCGACAUGCUGCUGUCCACCAGCCGGACGCCGAGCGUCACACUCUUGUCAAUGGCCCAACCAGGUGCAGCAGGGCAGCCCCAUCUGGCGGGUAUGACUGUGGCUGACCCAGACGAUGAGGCCCCGCUCAUCUACUUCCGCGCUCUGGUGAAUUUCACCCAGUCCAUUGACUACAGCCCGCGGCUGGAUGACGCCAAUUCGGAGGAGUUCCGGGAGGUUUCGGAGGCCGUGGUGGAUACGCUGGAGUCCGAGUACUACAAGAUUGGUGGGGAGCAGGUGGUCAGCGUUGUGUUCAUCAAGGAAAUCGACGGCUAUACCUUUGUGGAGCUGGAUGUGGGCUCAGAGGGGAACCUGGAUGAGGGGGAGAUCCGCGAGGUGCUCUACUCUGUCAUCGAGAGCGGCUCCAUUGCCUCCUACAUCACCUCCACGCAGGGCUUCCAGUUCCGGCGCCUUGGGGCAGCCCAGACCCCGCCUCCCCACAUUGCCAGGGAGUCGCCAGUGCCCCCGGAUGUGCGUGCCUGCACCGGGGAGGAGUUUGCCUGCAGCAGCGGGGAGUGCAUCGACAAGGAGUUCCGCUGCGACCGCCGCCCUGACUGCCGCGACAUGUCGGACGAACUGAACUGCGAUCCGCAGGAAGUGGUGAGCUCCUCACCCCCACCCAUCACCACUGCUCAGCUGGCCACCACCCGGACACCCGCAACCACCGCCUGGAUGCCCAUGGUCACUACCAGGAGGGUGCCGUUCACCACGCCCCCCCGGCUCAUCACCUCCAGGCACCCGCCGGUUUGGCACCCCUUGGAGCUACACCCCUGCCGCCGGGAUGAGGCCGUCUGCUCCAACAAGCAGUGCAUCCCCCGGGACUACCUGUGCGACGGCGAGCGGGACUGCCUGGAUGGGAGCGACGAGCUCAGCUGCGGCACCCCUACCCCUUGCGAGCCCAAUGAGUUCAAGUGCCGGAACGGACACUGCGCCCUCAAGCUGUGGCGCUGCGACGGGGACAACGACUGUGUGGACGGCUCCGACGAGGUGGACUGCCCCACCAAGGGCCCCUAUGACACCUGCAGCCCCUACCAGUUCUCCUGCGUGUCCAGCCGCACCUGUAUCCCAGCCAGCUACCAGUGCGACGAGGAGGCCGACUGCCCCGACCGCUCCGACGAGGUCGGCUGCACACCGCCGCAAGUCAUCACGCCCCCCGAGGAGUCUGUGCAGGCCACCCCCGGGCAGACAGUGCAUUUCCACUGCGUGGCCGUCGGUGUGCCCACCCCCAUCAUCACCUGGAGACUCAACUGGGGCCACAUACCUGCCAACAGGAGAGUGUCCAUAAGCAGCGAGAACGGUCACGGAACGCUGACCAUCCGGGACGUGAAGGAGGCCGACCAGGGUGCCUACACUUGUGAAGCCAUCAAUGCCCGGGGCAUGGUAUUUGGGAUCCCUGAUGGCGUGCUGAGCCUCACGCCCCGGCGUGGUCCCUGCCCAGAAGGAUACUUCCAUGUUGAAGGUACGUCCAAGUGCCUGGCCUGCUUCUGCUUCGGCAUCACCACGGCUUGCCAUGGCACCAGCCGCUACCGGGACCAGAUCCGCCUGCGCUUCGACACGCCUGAUGACUUCAAGGGUGUGAACGUGACAACACCAGCGCAGCCGGGGAUGCUGCCCCUCUCUUCCACACAGCUCCAGAUCGACCCGGCCCUGCAGGAGUUCCAGCUCGUGGACCUGUCCAGGAGGUUCCUGACACACGACUCCUUCUGGACAUUGCCCAGCCAGUUCCUGGGCAACAAGGUGGACUCCUACGGCGGGUACCUCAGCUUCAAGGUGCGCUAUGGGCUGGCGCGCGGCCAGUCAGAGCCCGUGCAGAAGUCCAACGUGGUGAUUGUGGGGAAUGGGCAGAAGCUCAUCUACCGGGUACAGGUGCCCACCCAGCCGUCGGUCGUCAACCAGCGCCAGAUUCACUUCACAGAGGAGAACUGGCAGCAGGAGUCGGGCGCCCCGGUGAGCAGGGAGAUGCUACUCCUGGCUCUGCAGAACCUGGAGAGCAUCCUGGUGCAGACGAUCUACGACAACAAGAUGGCGAGCGUGGGGCUGAGUGACAUCGCCAUGGACACCACCACCGUGGAGCUCACCAGCCAGGGCGUGGCACAGGGCGUCGAGGAGUGCAGGUGCCCCAUCGGCUACUCGGGCCUGUCCUGCGAGAGGUGCGAUGCCCGGUUCGAGCGGGUACGGGAGGGCCCCUACCUCGGCACCUGCUCUGGCUGCAACUGCCACGGGCACUCCAGCUCCUGUGACCGGGUCUACGGCUACUGUCUGAACUGCCAGCACAACACAGAGGGGCCUCAGUGUAACAAGUGCAAACCUGGCUUCUUUGGAGAUGCCACCAGAGGCAACGCCACAGCCUGUCGGCCCUGCCCCUGCCCCUACACUGACCCUGCGCGCAGGUUCUCCGACACGUGCUUUCUGGACACAGACAGCCAGGCCACAUGCGACGCCUGCGCCCAGGGCUACACAGGGCGACGCUGUGAGAGCUGUGCCCGUGGCUAUGAAGGGAACCCCAUGCAGCCGGGCGGGAGUUGCAUGCGAACCAGCCAGGAGAUCAUACAGUGUGACGAGCGGGGGAGCAGUGACUCCACAGGAGGCGCCUGCCGCUGUAAGCCCAACGUGGCGGGACGUCUCUGCAAUGAGUGCACGUCUGGAGCCUUCCACCUGAGCGAGCAGAACCCCGACGGCUGCCUGAAGUGCUUCUGCAUGGGGGUGUCCCAGCAGUGUGCUAGCUCCUACUGGAACAGAGAGCAGGUGCGGGCUCUGGAUGGUGAGCGGGCGCACUUCAGCCUGGCCAACCUGGCCAACACCCACACGGUCAGCGAGGGCAUCCGCUCCCCCGGCCAUGCUGAGCUGGCCUUUUCCGCCUUCAACACCCUGCCCCGCGAUGUCUACUACUGGGUGCUGCCUGACCGCUUCAAGGGAGACAAGGUGACCUCAUAUGGUGGGGAGCUGCACUACACCGUUACACACAGCGCGGCGCCCGGCGCCCAGCCCCUGCCCGGCCAGCCCGACGUGCUUCUGCGGGGCAACGGCAUCUUCCUGGAGCACUUCGCCGAGGCCGGCCCCCUGCCACGGACCCCCACCCGAUUCACAGUCCCCUUCCGAGAGCGUGCUUGGCGCCGAGCUGAUGGGCAGGAUGCCACGCGGGAGCACCUGUUGAUGGCGCUGGCCGAUAUCGAUCUUUUCAUGAUCCGGGCAUCGUACAUGGACAGGCCAGCGGAGAGCAGGCUCUCCAACAUCCACAUGGACGUGGCCGUGCCCCACGCCACUGGCCUGGAGCGAGCGGUGGAGGUGGAGGAGUGCACCUGUCCCCCUGGCUACCGCGGCCCUUCCUGUCAGGACUGCGACGUGGGCUAUGCUCGCACCUCCAGCGGCCUCUACCUGGGUACCUGUGAGCGCUGCGACUGCAGCGGGCACUCGGGCGAGUGUGAUGCCGAGACAGGAGACUGCCAGAACUGCCAGGACAACACCGAGGGCACCAGGUGCGAACGCUGCCAGCCAGGUUACUAUGGCGACGCCCGACAAGGGACCCCAACAGACUGCCAGCCCUGCCCAUGCCACGGACCAUAUGCCACCAGCCAGGCCACGAAAACCUGCUUCUUGGACAUGGACGGACAGCCCACAUGUGAUGCCUGCACCACGGGCUACGUGGGCCGCCAGUGCCAGAGGUGCGCUGCUGGCUAUGUGGGGAACCCCAGCCUGGGACAACCCUGCAGAGAGCUUAACAGAAACUGCAGCUGUGACCCACAAGGCAGCGUGAGCAGGCAGUGUGAUGCCAGUGGGCAGUGCCAGUGUAAGCCCCACGUGGAGGGUCCCUCCUGCAGCAGCUGCCGUGCCAACCAUUUCCACCUGAGCACCGAGAACCGCGAGGGUUGUCUGCCCUGCUUCUGCAUGGGUGUGACCCAGCAGUGCACCAGCUCCUCCUACUACCGAGGCCUGGUCACGAGCCCCUUCCUCCCGGGCGACUUCCAGAACUUCGCCCUGGUGAACCGCCAGCACAGCACCCGCAUUGUGACCGGCUUCGCCGUGGAGCUGUCAGCCGAGGGGCCGCAGCUCUCCUUCGGGCGCUUUGGCCAGCUGGGCCAGGAGUCCUACUACUGGCAGCUGCCAGAGCCCUACCAAGGAGACAAGAGAGAAACCUAUUUUGCUCGGAUGCGCCGUGCGCACAAGAAUGGCACAUCCCUUAUGGAGGAGCAGCUGCGGAAGGCUGUGGCCUCGGGUAGGAUCCUGGGCUCUGGAGGGGGCAGCCACAGGGCCAGACAAGUGGCUAAGCCCCAGUGGGAAGCAUUGCUCAGACCUCGCUUCCAGGAGUCCAGCAACCUCCUCUCCCAGGGCCACAGGCUUGCUGCUGCGGCUGAGAAGUAUUCUCUCGUCUACAAGGGUUUCUCUCUGCUUCCUGAAAGUGUUUUCUACUGGCAGCUCCCCGGCGCCUUCCUAGGGGACAAGGUUGGCUCCUACGGUGGGCGGCUGCGCUACACCCUCUCCUACAGCUCUGGGGGGAGGAGUGCCCUGCUGCCUGAUGCCGACGUGCAGAUCACGGGCAAUGACAUCACACUGGUGGCUUACCAGCCUGAGCUGCUCCCGCGCGACCGGCGGAGCUUUGAGAUCAUCUUCCGGGAGCAAUACUGGAAGCGGCCCGACGGGCAGCAUGCCACCCGGGAGCACCUGAUGAUGGCGCUGGCCGACCUGGACGAGAUCCUCAUCCGCGCCACCUACUCCACCGACAUGGUGUCAGCCAGCAUUGCUGGCAUCAGCAUGGAGACCGCCGUGCCCACCUACAGCAGCCUGCCACUGGCGCUGGAGGUGGAGGAGUGCCGCUGCCCACCUGGGUACCAAGGCCUCUCCUGCCAGGACUGUGCUGCUGGCUACACUCGCACCGGGGGUGGCCUGUACCUCGGGCACUGCGAGCUGUGUGAGUGCAAUGGCCACUCGGACUCUUGCCACCCGGAGACGGGGACCUGCUUGAACUGCUUACACAACACGGCCGGGGAGUUCUGCGAGCAGUGUGCCCAUGGCUACUACGGCGACGCCACCACCGGGACCCCCGAGGACUGCCAGCCUUGCGCCUGCCCACUGUCCGAGCCUGAGAACCAGUUCUCUCGGACGUGUGAGAGCCUAGCGGGGGGCGGCUAUCGCUGUUCGGCCUGCGAGCCCGGCUACACCGGCCAGUACUGUGAGCAAUGUGCGCCAGGCUAUGUGGGGAACCCCAGCGUGCGGGGGCAGAAGUGUGUGCCUGUGGACCGAGCCCCUUUCAUGGUACGAGUCCACCCACCAAAGACCACGGUGUCACAGGGUGGAGAGGUGACCCUGCGCUGCCAGGCCAGCGGCAGCCCGCCCUACUACUACUUCUGGUCGCGGGAGGAUGGGCGCCCCGUGCCCAGCACUGCCCAGAGCAGACGGCAAGGUGAAGAGCUCCACUUCCCCAGCAUCCAGCCUUCCGAGGCUGGGGUUUACGUCUGCACCUGCCGCAGCCUGCAGCACAGCAAUGCCAGCCGGGCGGAGGUCAUUGUCACAGAGGCCCCCAGCAAACCCAUCACGGUGACCGUGGAGGAGAAGAGGGUCCAGAGUGUGAAGCCUGGAGCUGACGUUACCUUCAUCUGUACAGCCAAGAGCAAGUCUCCAGCCUACACACUGGUCUGGACACGCCAGAACCACGGCAAACUGCCACGCCGCGCCAUGGAUUUCAACGGCAUCCUCACCAUCCGCAACGUGCAGCCUGAGGACGCCGGCGUCUAUGUCUGCACCGGCUCCAACAUGCUGGACAUGGCUGAGGGCAUGGCCACAUUGCAUGUGCAAGCCCCUCCUAAGACCCAGAUGUUUUAUGGACCCAUCGAAGUCGUGGAAGGCCACAGACCCUCUGCCACUGCCGUCCUGCCCACGGCCACCAUCGAGCCAGCACAGCUGACGGUCCAGCCAGGCCAGCCAGCUGAGUUCCACUGCAUUGCCAGCGGGAGCCCUCCGCCCACAGUAGAGUGGAUCGGAGGACAGGCUGGUGUCAUGUCCCGCAAGGCUGUGAUCCAGGGAGGGACCCUGCGCUUCCCCGCUGUGGAGCCCUCGGAUGAGGCGGAGUAUCUGUGCCGUGUGCGCAGCAGCGCUGGGCAGCAUGUGGCCCGGGCCUUCCUGCAAGUGCACAGUGCCAGCGUGCCGCAGGUGCAGGUGAGCCCGGAGCGGACAGAGGUGCAGGAGGGCAGCACAGUGAGACUGUACUGCAGGGCUGCCGGCUCCCCCACUGCCACCAUCACCUGGGAGAAGCAAGGGGGCAGCCUCCCGCCCCAGUCCCGCUCGGAGCGCACCGACAUCGCCACUCUGGUGAUCCCCUCCAUCACGGCCGCUGACAGUGGGGUCUACCUGUGCAUCGGGACCAGCCCAGCUGGUGUCGGCAGUGCCAGGAUCGAGGUGGUGGUGCUACGAGCCUCGGGCGUGGUGCCUCCCAUCCGGAUCGAGGCCUUGUCAUCUUCCAUUGCUGAAGGACAGACCCUGGAUCUGAAAUGCCUCGUCACGGGCCAGGCGCCAGCCACAGUCACGUGGUACAAGAGAGGGGGCUCUCUGCCAGCCAGACACCAGGUCUCCGGCUCCCACCUACGCAUCUCUCAGGUCUCGGCGGCCGACUCGGGUGAGUACGUCUGCCGCGUGAGCAUUGGCGCCAGCUCCCGUGAGGCCUCCAUCCCAGUUACUGUGCAGCACAGCGCCAGCUCCCCACACGCCCCCCCCAUCCACAUUGAGUCCUCCUCUUCCGCCGUCACUGAGGGACAGUCCUUGGACCUGAAGUGCCUCGUCACAGGCCAGUCGCCAGCCACAGUCAUGUGGUACAAGCGGGGGGGCUCCCUGCCGGAAGGCCACCAGGUCUCCGGCUCCCACCUGCGGCUGGUCCGGGUCUCGGUGGCCGACUCGGGUGAGUACGUCUGCCGCGUCAGCACCAGUGCUGGUAUCCAGGAGGCCUCCAUCAUCGUCACCAUCUACCGCGCCACUGGCUCACCCUACUCCUCGGGCAUCGAACCCCCUGUCCGCAUCGAGUCUUCCUCAUCCUCCAUCUCUGAGGGACAGACCCUGGACCUGCAGUGCCUCGUCACGGGCCAGGCGCCAGCCACAAUCACGUGGUACAAGCGGGGAGGCUCCCUGCCAGCCAGUCACCAGGUCUCCGGCUCCUACCUGCGCAUCCCCCAAGUCUUGGCAGCCGACGCCGGCGAGUACGUCUGCCGUGUCAGCACUGGCACCAUGGUCCAAGAAGCCUCCGUCAUUGUCACCAUCAGCAGCACCGGGUCUUCCUACUCCUCGGGCAUGCGCCCCCCAAUUUGGAUAGAGCAGUCGUCAUCCUCGGUCACCGAGGGACAGACCCUGGACCUGAAGUGCCUCGUCACGGGCCAGACACCAGCUACAGUCACGUGGUACAAGCGGGGGGGCUCUCUGCCGGCGGACCACCAGCUCUCCGGCUCACACCUGCGGCUGGUCCAGGUCUCGGCGGCUGACUCGGGCGAGUAUGUCUGCCGCGCUGGCACCAAGGAGGCCUCUGUCCUCGUCACCAUCCAGCAGAGCAGCAGGAUCUCCUAUCCCUCAGGAGUCAUCCCACCAGUGAGGAUCGAAUCUUCCUCGUCCUCUGUUGCUGAGGGACAGACCUUGGACCUGAACUGCCUCGUCGCAGGCCAGGUGCAGCCCAGAGUCACAUGGCACAAGCGGGGGGGCUCCCUGCCAGCCAGCCACCAGGUCUCUGGCUCCCGCCUGCGCAUCCCCCAGGUCUCGGCGGCCGACUCGGGCGAGUACAUCUGCCGCGUCAGCACCGGCGCCAUCACCCAGGAGACCUCGCUCAUCGUCACUAUCCAGGGUGGUGCCGGCUCUUCCUACUCUCUGGGCGUCACCCCUCCGGUGAGGAUCGAGACCUCUUCCGCGUCCAUUGCCGAGGGACAGACCUUGGACCUGAACUGCAUGGUCGCAGGGCAGGCACAGCCCAGAAUCACAUGGUACAGGCGGGAGGGCUCCCUGCCAGCCAGUAGCCAGGUCUCCGGCUCCCGCCUGCGCAUCCCCCAGGUCUCAGCUGCCGACUCGGGCGAAUACAUCUGCCAUGUCAGCAAUGGUGCUGGCCCCCUGGAGGCCUCCGUCAUCGUCACCAUCCCCCACAGUGCUGGCUUCUUGUACCCCUCAGGCAUGGCACCCCCUGUCCAGAUUGAGUCUUCCUCAUCCUCCAUCGCCGAGGGACAGACCUUGGACCUGAACUGCCUCGUCGCGGGCCAGGCACAGCCCAGAGUCAUGUGGUACAAGCGGGGGGGCUCCCUGCCAGCCAGUCACCAGGUCUCCGGCUCCCGCCUGCGCAUCCCCCAGGUCUCGGCGGCCGACUCGGGCGAGUACGUCUGCCGCGUCAGCACAGGCGCCAUCACCCAGGAGGCAGCUCUUGUCAUCACCAUCGAGGACAGCACCGGCCCAUCUUACUCCUCGGGCAUGGCGCCCCCCAUCCGGAUCGAGUCUUCCUCGUCCUCCAUCGCUGAGGGACAAACCCUGGAGCUGCAGUGCCUCGUCGCGGGCCAGGCGCCAGCCACAGUUACAUGGUACAAGCGGGGGGGCUCCCUGCCGGCCAGUCACCAGGUCUCCGGCUCCCGCCUGCGGCUGGUCCAGGUCUCUGCAGCCGACUCAGGAGAAUAUGUCUGCCGUGUCAGCACCAGUGCCGGCCCCCGUGAGGCCUCCAUCACUGUGAGCGUCCCCUCUGGCACCAGCUCCUCCUACCGUCUGCAGAGCCCCAUCAUCUCCAUCGAGCCGCACAGCACUGCUGUGCGCCAAGGCGAGGAUGCCACCUUCAAGUGCCGCAUCCACGGUGGUGCCCGGCCAAUCAAUAUCACCUGGAAGAUGGCCCCAAAGCAGCAUCUGCAAGACAAUGUGAAGAUCAGCCCCAAUGGCUCAGUGAUCACCAUCUCCAGGGCUCGCCCCAGCAACCAGGGAGCCUAUCGCUGUGUGGCCUCCAACCGCUACGGAGUAGCUAACAGUGUGGUUAACUUAAUGGUGCAAGGCUCUCCUACAGUAUCCGUGAUGCCCAAGGGCCCCGUGACGGUGAAGGCAGGCAAGUCCAUCAGCCUGGAUUGCCUUGGCAUGGGCGACCCGCGCCCUCUUGUUCGCUGGAGCCGCUUGGGCAUGAGGCAGAAACUCGAGCACCAGAAGCUGUUGCCCCUGGAGAGCCAAGCAGUGCUGCAGAUCUUGGCAGCCAAGCCUGAAGAUGCUGGCACCUACAUCUGCAUGGCCCAGAACUCCAUCGGCUCUGCACAGGUCCAAGUGGAGGUGAGUGUGGAAGCUGCCAAUGGAAAGCCUGGCGCCCCUGAGAUCACAGUGAAGCCGACACUGACAGUGGUAGCUGGAGAAACCGCCACCCUCCAGUGCUCUGCUACAGGCGACCCGCCUCCCAGCAUCCAGUGGUCCAAACUGAGGGCCCCGCUACCCUGGCAGCAUCGGGUGGUGAAUAACACUCUGCUCAUCCCCCGCGUGGCCCAGCAGGACUCAGGCCAGUACAUCUGCAACGCCAGCAAUGCUGCCGGCUUCACCGAGGCUUUCGUCACACUGGACGUGGAGACACCCCCAUAUGCCACCAUCCUGCCCGAGGAGGUCUCGGUGGCGGCAGGCGAGGCAGUGCGGCUGCAAUGCCUGGCCCACGGCACACCACCCCUGCGCUACCAGUGGAGCAAGACCAAUGGCAGCCUCUCCAGCAACGCCGUCCUGCGGGAGAGUGCCCUGCACAUCAGCCCGACUGCGCCCGAGGACUCAGGGACCUACCGCUGCCUUGUCAGCAACCGGGUGGGCUCAGCAGAGACCUUCGCCCAGGUCAGCGUCCAGGGAUCAGCCCCCAGCGCCUCCCCGACUGUGCGAGUCACACCCCAGACGGUCGUGAAGGGCGUGGGCGGCAUGGCCGAGUUCACCUGCUCCGUCACCGGAGACGCCCGGGCGCGGAUCGAGUGGUUCAGGGAGGGUGGGGAGCUGCCCGCCAGCCACAGCGUGCGGAACGGGGUGCUGCGAAUCCAGAACUUGGAUCGUGGUUGCCAGGGGGUUUACACCUGCCGAGUAAGCAGCCCCUUCGGGCAGGCCCAGGACAGCGCAAGGCUGGUGAUCCAGGCUCUGCCCAAGGUUAUGAUCAACAUGCGCACCUCGGUGCAGUCAGUGCUGGUGGGCACGGCAGUGGAGUUCGAGUGCCUGGCCAUCGGGGACCCCAAGGCGCACAUCACCUGGAGCAAGGUGGGCAGCCGCAUGCGCCCCGAGGUGGUCAUCAGUGGUGGGAUGGUGAAGAUCGAGCAGGUGGAGCAAUCGGACGCGGGGCAGUACCGCUGCACCGCCACCAACGACGUGGGCACCGUGCAGUCCAACAUCAUCCUGCACGUGCAGUCCAUCCCCCAGAUUGCAGCUCAGCCGGAGAUCAAGGAGGUCACCACAGGGUCGAGGGCAGUAUUCCCGUGCCUAGCGUCUGGCUUCCCCGUCCCAGAGAUCAAGUGGACCAAGCUGGAAGGAGACCUCCCAAAAGACAUUUGUCUGGAGAACAACGUCUUGACCAUUCCAUCUGUGAAACCAGAAGAUGCCGGGAUCUAUGUCUGCACGGCGUCGAACAGGCAAGGGAAGGUGACGGCCUUCUCCAUGCUCAAAGUCCGAGAGCGGGUGGUGCCAUAUUUUACUCAGAAUCCUCAGACCUUCCUUGCCUUGCCCACCAUCAAGGACGCCUACAAGAAGUUUGAAAUCCAGAUCACCUUCCGGCCAGACACUGCUGAUGGGAUGCUGCUGUACAAUGGGCAGAAGAAGAGCACCGGCGCUGACUUUGUGUCCUUUGGUCUGGUGGGAGGCCGCCCGGAAUUCAGAUUUGAUGCCGGCUCAGGCAUGGCCACGAUUCGGCACCCGGCGCCAAUCCGACUUGGGGAGUUUCACACGGUCCGGCUAUACCGGAACCUCACCCAGGGCUCCCUGGUGCUGGACAGCCACCCUCCUGUCAACGGCACAUCCCAGGGUAAAUUCCAAGGGCUGGAUCUGAACGAGGAGCUGUACCUCGGCGGCUAUCCCAACUACAUCGCCAUCGCCAAAUCCGGCCUCAGCAGCGGCUUUGUGGGCUGUGUACGCCAGUUGCUGGUCCAGGGCGAGGAGGUGAUCUUUAAAGAUCUGGACUUGAAAGCUCAUGGUGUUUCCAACUGCCCCACAUGCCGGGACCGGCCAUGUCAGAAUGGAGGUGUCUGCAGGGACUCGGAGAGCAGCAGCUACGUGUGCCACUGUCCGCAGGAAUUCACGGGGAGCAACUGUGAACAUUCGCAGGCGCUGCAUUGCCACCCAGAGGCCUGCGGACCGGAUGCCACCUGCAUUAACCGUGCAGACGGGCAGGGCUACCGCUGCCGCUGCCACCUGGGCAAAUCUGGGGAGACGUGCAUGGAAGGCGUCAUGGCGACCACUCCUUCCUUCAAUGGCAGCGACUCAUUCAUCUCCUACCCGCCCCUCACCAACAUCCACUAUGAGCUGCGCCUCGACACAGAGUUCAAGCCGCUCUCCCCCGACGGCCUCAUCAUGUUCAGCGGGGGCACAGGCGCCCCCGUGGAGGAUUUCGUCUCACUGGCCAUGGCCAGCGGGCAUGUGGAGUUCCGCUACGAGCUGGGCUCAGGCAUGGCUGUGCUCCGGAGCACAGAGCCACUCGCCCUGGGCCAGUGGCACAAAGUCUCAGCAGAACGGAUCAACAAGGAUGGCACCCUGCAGGUGGACAGCAGCAAGCCAGUGAAGAGAUCCUCCCCGGGAAAAAGCCAGGGGCUCAACCUCCGCACGCCCAUGUACCUGGGCGGGGUGGACAAAUCCGUCACUCUGCCUGCAGCCGCCAGCAUCAGCUCCAGCUUCCAUGGCUGCAUUGGGGAGAUGUCGAUCAAUGGGAAGAAGGUGGACAUCUCCUACAGCUUCCUGGAGAGCCGGGGCGUCACCCAGUGCUACGACAGCUCACCCUGCGACCGCAGGCCCUGCCUGCACGGCGCCACCUGCAUGCCCACCGGCGAGUACGAGUUCCAGUGCCUGUGCCAGGAUGGCUUCCGAGGUGAGCGCUGCGAGCUCUCUGAGGAUCAGUGCCUGCUCAGGAACCCCUGCCUGAACGAUGGGAAGUGCAAGGCAAACCAGUGCCUAUGCCCAGCCGGCUUCUCGGGGACGUACUGCGAGCAGGGCCCAGUCCCGGCGGCGCUGGACCGUGAGUGGGCCCUGGAGGGCAGCGGGGGAAACGAUGCCCCAGGCCAGUACGGAGCCUACUUCCAGGAUGGCGGCUACCUUGCACUCCCCCAGCACGUGCUGCCCCGCAGUCACCCCAAGUCUCCAGAGACCAUUGAGCUGGAAGUGCGCACGCGCUCCCUGAAUGGCCUCCUCCUGUGGCAGGGUGUGGUGACCGGGCAGCCUGCUCUCAAGCCACAUGCUACUAACGAGGAGGAAGGGCAGAACGGCAAAGCCAAGGACUUCAUCAGCCUCGGCCUGAGAGAUGGACACCUGGUGUUCAGUUACCAGCUGGGCAGUGGCGAAGCCAGCAUCGUCUCUGAGGACCCCAUCAACGAUGGAGAGUGGCACAGAGUGACAGCCAUUCGGGAAGGCAGGCGGGGCUCCAUUCAGGUGGACGGCGAGGAGCUGGUGAGUGGGGAGUCGCCAGGCAGCAACGUCAUGGUGAACACCCAAGGCAGCGUGUACAUAGGAGGUGCUCCUGCCAUCCAAGCCCUGACCGCCGGCAAGUUCCGCUCAGGAAUCACAGGGUGCCUUAAAAACCUGGUGCUGAGCAGCGAGCCAGGCCAGCCGCCCCGGCAGCCCAUUGACUUGCAGCAUCACUCGGAGGCGGGAGUUAACAUGCAGGAGUGCCCCUCAUAGGCUGGUCGCCGCCUGCCCCGCGUCCGCAGGCCAAUCGUGGGACGUUGGCUGUUUUAUUAUUACGAUGAUUCACUUUUUUAAAGAAACCCAGAGGAAAAUGGUGCUUUGCUGCUACCCCAGACCAGUGGGGGAUGGGUUUGUUUGUGAUUGGUGCAUGGCAGCAGGGGGGCAGCCACGCCUCCUGCCAGCCCCAUGGGAACGCAGACCCUUCAGAACUGAGACCUGAGACGGUGGAUUCGACCCAACCGCACUGGGCCCAGGGCCAUAGAGAGCCGGGAACCUAACCCAGUGCCAACCCUCUCCACGUCCUGCCCCACAAGGGCCCCACAGGAUGGGGAGCUCCCCCCUCUGCCUUCCGGCUUCAGUGCUCAGAGCGUGUUACCCCAAGCUGGGCGGGAAGGAGGGUGGCAGCUGGCUCUGCUGUGCCCCAUGCCCGCUACGGGACGGGGGGGGCUGGGGAGAGGGGCAGGCAGGGCAUCUUUUCUCCUUUGGGGAGGGACAGGAUCCACAUUCAUCCUCCAAAGUUAGGAGAGUGAGCUCAAAGUCACAGCCUGCCUUGCAGGUGGCAUGCCUCACCCUGCUCGGUGAGAGCCUGCCCCUUCUCUCCAGGAGCAGUGAGGAGGCAGGCGGGGGGCUCCCAGCCUGGUCACCCCUCCCGCUCCAUUCCCUGGGCAGCACUACAGGGGCCAGCAGGCCGGGGCAGGAGUUCCCACCAGGAUCUGUCUGUUUACACUGUGGCCAUCCCCAUUGCCUCAGCCACGCUCCAACCCCCGCAUGGUAGCUGCCCCAAGCCCCUAGCUGGGGCUGUCUCCCUAGAGCCUCACCUGGAGGGUCUUGAGGCGGAGCAGGAGGGCGGGGCAGGCCCUGGGAGCGACCACAGCUCAUGCUGCAGGGUACCCUGGCCGGCAUCCUGCAUGCACGGCUGGGGGCCCAUGCAUAAGGGCAGCCACACGGCUCGCUCCAGGUGCUGGUGGCAGGGGCAUCCCAUGGCCAGAGGCUGUUACGUGUUCCUGUGGGCAGCCAGCAGAAACGCCCCCCUCCCCCCAAAAAAGAUCAUUCCUCCCCACUCAGACGUGCGGACAGAUGCAAGUGCCUUACUAGCAGCAGGACCCUCUGGGGGCCGGGCUGCCCCUAUUCACCCAACAACCAUUGGGCAGACACUUAAAAGCUGCCCGCCCAUUCCCCGCCCUGCCCUGCCUGGCUGGGGGGCGUUCCCUGCUCUGGAGCCGUCUGCUCACAGGACAAUCUUCACUCGCUGCUCUUGCCGGCUCUGCCAGGUCCAGAUCUAAGCACUUACCCAGUGCCGGGCCCUGUGAAUUGCACCACCAACUGCACUGGCUGGAGCCUGCCCAGCAUCACGGCUCCUUUUUCACCACCAGCGUCACUUGGUGGGACAGAGACGACUCGGCCUAGGCAGUGGCAGGCCGGGCAAAACAGCUCACUGCAAAGAGCCCUUCGCCCCAGCCCACCACCGGCUCCCUGAGCAGAACUGAGAGCUCCAAGGGCACCUGUUCGAACAGAGCCCAGCAAACGUCACCUCUCUGCCUGAGGUGACGUCCCACCCAGGGCGAGGCGCCAGCAUAUGGCACGGCUCCCGCUGCCUUGCAUUGCCCGUCUGCCCAGGGCGGCUGCCACCCCAGAGAACAGCAGGGAGCCAGGCUGCUUGUGUUCCUGCCGUUCAGACGGCACCGUUAAUGCACCCGACCCCAGACCACGUCCGACUUGUGCUGUUUCACUGGAUUCCUAUUAAACAACAAAUAACGCCUGA